GCAGGGAAUAUAAUUGAAAAAUUUGACAGGCACGCUUGUUUCCGCUUUUAUUAGGAUUGGAAGCAAUGCAUCUUUGGUUGGGUGAGCAUGGGGAAGAUUUCAUUAUCCACACUACCAGUCUUUGUAGUUUGUUCUGGCUGCAUCCAGGAGUCUUGAUUUAGGCUUAUUAAAUAUCAGGUUUGCAUUAUAAUCAGAUCUAGGGUUCGUUUUGAUGUGAAAACGCAACACCUUGUUAAGCGAGAUCUUUAUAACCAGGAGUUUAAAGCCCAGCAUACCUAUGUAUAUCAGAUCAGGAUAAUGAAAAUUGAUCAGGAAUUACAGCCAUUUUAUUGACGUAAAAAAAUAUAGGGCUCUGUGUCAUAGUGUCCAAGGUGGUCAGAUAGCCAGGGUAUAUAUAGGUACAGCUUGUUGUUUACCAGGAGUCAACACUCCCACCCAUGAUGUGAACGUGGACACUACUGAAGCCAGAAUAAAUUCAUUCAUUGUUCACAGCAUGAAGAUAUUGUAUCUCCAGGAGUCAUGUCUGCCUGAUGAUCUAGAUGCCAGUUCAGAAGAUGAGGCGUGACACUGAGUUCUAAUCAUAAAGUGAGUGUCUAUCUGUGAAGUUAAAUAUUAAGUCAGGCUUACUGAUUUACCAAGGAAUUUACAUGCAUUGAUUUGAACGAGGAUAAAAGUGUAGUUACCAUUUGACAAUCCAAUGUCUGGUACCAAAUUAUUUGCCAAAGGGAAAGAGAUAGCAUAAAGUUUGCGGUAAAUUUGAGAAAUCAAACAGAAUUGACACUUUGAAGUGAUUGGAGAAGCAACCCCAGUACUUGCAGCUGAUUAGCUUUUUGUGGCUUAAUGAAUAAUGAAGGCUGGACAAUGCUAUGUGGUGUUAAUUGGAGGCUGGAAUCAGCAUGUGGAUUUAGUGAAGGAGUGAGAGAGGAUGCACCAUUGAUUAUUCGGUGGUCGGCAGAUGCAAGGGAUCAGCGUUCACCUCCGACUUUAUUCUUGACUCGGUCUGAUUCAAACUUCACUAAAAGACAGGAAACGGAGAAAAAUGAAACCGACAGCUUUAUCUGGCUCCUAUUCUCCCAGGAUUCACUUCAUGGAAUAUUAUGAAACACGUACAGAAGUAUUUGUACUGUGAUUCAAACUGGAAGUGACAGGAAUUGUCGUAUCUAGGAAAUGGGCAGAUUUUGUGCAAUUUCUCCUGUGAACAAUCCGCAUCAGUGCUUGUGAACACAGAGGAAUAUUUAUGUUAUUCUUGGUUUGAUUGGGUUUUAUUUUCAAGCAACAAAAUCUUAGGAUGAUUUGAAUAUUAUGUAAUUCGGAAUAAUGGAGUGGACUCUGUUAUAGAGAGCCGUCAUUGGUUCUGACAAGACAGAAGAUGCAUUUAUAAAAGACUGUCAGAAACUGUUGAUUCUGUGUAUCUGUCUGGCCUUCGACCAGGAAAAAGCGUUUUGUAUCAUGCGCAGAAACUCUAUAUUUCAUACUUAAACCUUUUCUAAUUUCUGUCGCUAGUCCUCGAUUAGGCUCAAUUAUAUCGUGGAUAGAAUUGUACUGAAUUAUAUCGUGUAUAGAAUUCCCCAGUGCUGUGGGUCCAGGAAACUGAUACAGUGUGAUCCUCUUCAUUUUUAAUUAUUUAAAAAUGUACAGCUACAAUGCACAGAGUGGACCCAUGUUUGCACCAAAAAUGGAUUUACAGGGGAACUAUGUUCCUUGUCACUGCCACCGGCGACAUCGUCAUUAUUGUCGUCCCAACGGGAUGUUCUCCCGCUACAAGACCGAGGGAUGGGAGUGGGUGGAGAUUAUCGAGCCCCGCAGCAAGGAGCACAUGUAUGCCAACCUGACCACCGGGGAGUGUGUAUGGGACCCUCCCCCUGGGGUCAAAAUAAAGAAAACAGACAACAACCAGUGGUGGGAGCUGUUUGACCCCAACACCAGCCGCUUCUAUUACUACAACGCCACCAGUCAGAAAACCGUCUGGCACCGCCCGCAAAACUGUGAUAUCAUCCCCCUUGCCAAGCUACAGGAGAGAAUUUAUAAAGAGAUCUUGGAGCAGACCCUGAAACAAAACACAGAAGUUCGAGAUGGCAGCGAUGGUUCGUCCAAACGAGAAAUCUCUACACAGACACCCGUACCCCAAACACGGAGGGACCACACGAAACAUGUGAGAACCGGGUCACUGAAAUCUACACAUACCACCCAGACCAGUCCCAGUGUCAGCAGGAAACAUCGCUUCAACAGACAGGAUUCCGCCUCCUCACAGAGUAGUUCUAGUCAUCAGGAGAGUUUCCGGGAGCGUAAUGGAGACCGUGUACGUCGCCGUGGCAGCCAGUCAUCUCAGUCGACGCAGGCCGGGUAUUCCUCCUCUAGUCCACCAGUGUCCGCCGUGAUCCGUCGUGACUCAUCUCUCGAGAUGUCACCUCGAGUCACGGACUCGCCCCGGCUUCAGAGAACUCACUCUAUGCAGAGGCCCCCCACAGACACUGCUAGUGGUGCGGGGUCUCGCUCAAACAGUUACAGAUUCACGGACUACCGGGCUCGAGAUGACUCGUACAUGCCUCAUGAUUUAUCUCCAUACCACCCCGCGCGGCGACAGGCAAGUUUCUCAUCAGAGAGGGAGUACGCCAGUCGAUCCGACUCGUAUGGAUCAACCUCCAGUCGGCAGGACAUGUUCACCCCCCCACCACUGGGGUUUGGUGGUGGCAGUCAAGAUAUGUACAGUUCUGAUAUUAAUGAACGAAUAUACAGUUCAAGCAUGUCCUCUGGCCCUGACCCUGAGUGUAUACCAUUUAGUCAAGACAUUGCUCAUCAGCAAGGAAGUGUUAGUCCCUCAUUAUUAUCACAAAAACCCCGAUCUUUUCCCCGAACUAAUCCAGCCUAUGUUGGCGUGCCAAAAAGAAAUGGAAGUACCGCAUAUAAGAGAAUAAAUGUAGAGCAACAAGCUGUGAACUAUGACCCCACCUAUGCUGAACCUAAAUCAUACUCUGCUGCUGGGAUACAAGUGGCGCCCAAGGACUAUACAGAGAACUAUUACUACCCCCACGAACCAUCAGACAGCGAUACCUCGCAUUCUUCUAUCCGCGUGGUCCGUCACGAGCGGGCGGACAGCCAAGCUUCUCACUCGUCUAGAAAUCGUGAAUCAGACUCUCAUUCUUCCCAGGGUUCCUUUAAGCAGCCCUCCGCUGAUGUCCACGCUUCCAACAGUUCAUUACGCAUGCAACCAAUGAAGGUUGACCCUUCAACAUCGUUUCAUGAGAGUGUGUCGUCGCGAGGAUCAGAGCGAAGCUUACAAGAGCUGAGAGAGAGUGUGCAUGACAGAUCUAGUGCUCUGAUUUCUCAACAGUUGGUUACUAGUCAGAUCCACGACCCUGUGUCAGAUGAUUCCGAACCGGAUUACGCUAAUGUGCCUCCCUCCAAGAAUUAUUCCCCUUCUCAUUCGGAUGCUCAUAUAUACCGUGAGGUUUUGAAAGACAGACAAAACAUCCCUGAUUAUCCAGAUCUGAAAAAUGGAGAAUCUCCGGCUGUGAUGAGACCUCACCUGGACCAACAUGUAAACCGAGGGUACCGGUCACUGCCAGUGAUAGAGAACUCACACUUCCCGCCCGACGUUGAGCUCAACCAAAGUUUUGAUGAAGAUGAAAUCAACAGUAGUUUCUUUAAUUCCCCACUCCAUGAUCGAAUCCUUAACGAGUCAUAUGAAUCCCACCAUGCAUCUCUCAAGAGGAAGAAGCCGGAAAAAAAUGACUCGGUCAUUGGAAGUCCGGUCAUCGAGAAGAGUCACUCCAUGACCGUUGACCUACAGCAGCGGCCAGCAUCCAUGGUCGUACCAACCCAGUCCGAGGCCAACGUCUCCCUCAGUCCCAGUAUAGGCUCAUUGAACAGACAGGUAAACAGACAGAAUCGGGCGGGUACAGCGCCCCCUAUCAGGUCUGCCAGUCCGCUGUCACAGAAACAGAAACUUCCGUCGGACUCUGACAUUGAGAACUACAUGAAUCGCCACAAAAAAGGACUCUUUGGGAAAAAAAUCUCAUUCGAGCACAUGCUCAUUUGGUCAAAGGACCCCAUACAGAAGCCAAUCUUGAGAACAGAUGACAAAGCCGUGAAAAAAGAAGCUUGUGAAGUGUUCAAACUGAUCCAAAUCUACAUGGGUGACCGUAAGGGCCGCCUGACCCAGAUGCAGGCCGCCCAGGAGAUCAUCAGCAAGGGGUGGAGCAUCACCAACCUCAGGGAUGAAAUCUACAUGCAACUGUGCAAACAGACCACGGAAAACAGAAAGGGGGACAGCCUACAGAAGGGCUGGGAGAUGAUCGCUAUCUGUCUCUACUUCUUCCCUCCUUCCACAAAGUUCAGCGGUUACCUGGAGGGGAUCAUCGCCAAACACCAGGAUGAGACCAACAACAUCAUACCCACCGAGACACCAUUAAGUCAUUUUGCCGUUCAAUGCCAGAAAAGACUGGAUAAAAUCAUGGCCAGCGGUCCAAAGAAAGGCCAACGUAAACCCAACAUGGAUGAGAUCGAGCAGGCAAAAAAAUCGGUCUUUUCUCCCUCCAUGUUUGGAAGCUCGCUCGAUGACGUCAUGCUGCUACAAAAGGACAAAUUCCCUGACCGCAAAUUGCCAUGGAUACAGACCACACUGUCAGAGGAAGUUCUGCGGUAUAACGGAGCACAGACAGAGGGAAUAUUCAGGGUGCCCGGUGAUAUAGAUGAGGUCAACGCCCUAAAGCUAAAGUGUGACCAGUGGUCCCUCCCCCCUGACUGCGUGGACCCCCACAUCCCCGCCUCCUUACUGAAGCUCUGGUACCGUGAACUCUAUGAGCCCCUUAUCCCCGCGGAGUUCUAUGAACUGUGUAUUCAGCAUUAUCAGAAUCCGGAGGCGGCCAUUGAAGUCGUCAGUAAACUCCCAGAUAUCAACCGUCUUGUCUUGGCUUAUCUCAUUCGAUUUCUGCAGGUUUUUGCUGCAGAGGAGAAUUCCAAGGUAACCAAGAUGGAUGUGAAUAACCUGGCCAUGGUGAUGGCACCCAAUUGUUUGCGAUGCGAGUGUAUCGACCCCCAUACGAUAUUCGAGAACACGCGGAAAGAAAUGGGGUUCAUACGGACACUGAUUCAAAAUCUAGACACAAGUUUCAUGGAAGGGAUAGUCUGAUGGAAAUCUUACUUAUAGAACUACUUAAUUAGUCUGUAACUAGAUUAGGAUAUAUAAUCAAUUGUAAAUAUGUAAAUUGUACAUUUUAAAAUAUAUAAUAUUCACACAAUUGUUUUGUGUACAAAUGAUCAUGCACUUGGAAGAAUCUAUGGGAUGCUUGGUGUAUCUGAUGUGAGAUUUAAUGAGAUCUGUUUUGUUGUAAUUACAUGUAAUAGCUCCACUUUGAAUAUGAUGUAAGAAUUCUAUCUUUUAUAACUGUUUAAGUAUCAAAUGGACUUGAAACGCUUAGCACCUGCAAGAUGCCUGUGUGUACACAAGUACCUGUGUACAUCAUAUUCAACAUAAGAAUGCUGUAUGAAUCAGAAUGUAGCUGUGUUGUUAAGAGUUGUUUACUUUUGGGUAUUCGGGGGAGGCAUCAUUACCUGCUUUGCAGUGCUGAGCUUUUCUUUGUCUCUGUACAAUCACUAUCUCUGGUGUUAGAGGUUUUAAAGUGUUGAUUUUUUCUGAAAAGUGCAAUAAUUUUUCGGAGUACACAGUCUGGGUGAUAAGACGUUACAGUCCGAUUGAAUGUUACAUGUAUAUUCCAAGUUCACGAACCAGCAAUCUUAUGCACCCCUUUGUACAUAUAUGUACAUAGUCUACGCUGUAAUAAAUGGCCUAUAUGAUACAUAUGUCUACCUAUCUGCCCUGUAUGAUCUGUUAUCAUUGUCUGUGUGUAUGUCUGUGUUUGUUGAUUUGCAUUGAAGACAUCAUCUAUAGAUUUUGCAUUCCAACACAGUGUGCAUCAGUAGCUCCAACAAUUUGAGUAUUACACAGUUACAUGUGGUAAUAUUACAGUUACAUGGAAUAAUGUUACAGUUACAUGUAGUCAAGUAGAUGAAGCUAAUGUUGAUGUAGACAUUGCUUGAAAAUGGAGUAAUUUUGUCAACAGUGUGGGAUAUUCUAUUGUUCUAUGAAGUCAUGCUUCAUCCAUGUCAUUCAUUUGAACUUGACCUGAAUGUAUGUCACAUUUUAUUGUGAUUCUUGUUUUUGCUAAAUUUCAGUGUGUAUUGUAAAAAGGAACCAAUUCUUGUUUUUAUAUUGAACAAAAAUAUCAGUCAUAAGGGUGACUAUGGCUUUGCCUUUGUUUUGUAUGGAACCACUCACAGAACAAACUCUUUUUUUACUGGUUGAUUGAGAUCACAGAGUUAACAAUGUGUCCACACAAGUUCAUUUAUUGAUGAAAGCUGGGCUUUUUUUUUAAGCUCUCUGUGCUGACCUCCUUUUUAAAUGUGCAAUAUAGAACUGGCUUAUUCAUUGGUUUAUUUACUGCAGGGAUUUAAUUCUGUGUUAUUUUCUAUUCCUUUAAUUUUUUUCUUGUUUGCCACAUUGAUCAAACCUCUAGAUGGUGCUCAUUAAAUUUAUGAUCUGAAGAUCUAAGAAAGAUAACUCCGAGACUGCCAUUUUGAAAACAGAGAAGAAUAACCAAGGUGUGUUGUUAGGUGCUUUCAUUAAAUGUGAACAUUUUUGGUCAUCACCCAUCAAUGAAUUCCUUUUUCAAGUAUCUAGAUGAUAACUUAAUAUAUAUUCAUAUCAACAUGCCUGUAGUUUUGUUACAGUUAAAAAUUGUGUGAUAAUCUUUACAGGAAAUAUACAAUUGAUCAUGAUGAAAUUUUGACUCUUUAUUUUUUUCUGUAUCUUACAUAAUUUGGUAACUUUAUUGAGAAAAACUUUAAAAUAUUAUCUAUGCAGAAAGUCCUAAUAAAUGUAAAUCAAAUUCCGGUACAGUAGCUUCAUAACUGUUAGAAAAGCUACAACACUAUGCUAGAAUUUUUUUAUGUCAAAAACCUAUAAAAUUUUAGUAAGAGGUGUCUUCUUUUGCUGCUGUUAAUUUUUUUUAAAUGAAAUUAUUUAUCAUAUUGCUGUUUUUAAGUCGUACAGUGGGAUGGCUGUGAGUUGAUAUAAAGUGCUAACACAAGUAAACCCGCUGAGCUGCUUGUGGACAAAUUCAGGGCUGGUUGUUCAGUGACGGUCACCCAGGGAAGCAUGAGUUUAGGGGGCAGGGAGACGUGUGCCACUCUCUGCUCAGUUAUUGAAUGUUUUGUAGUGUGUGUAUGUGUGUCAGAAUUGUUAUUCAUCAAAUUGGAAGCUUUAUUUAUAAAUUUUAUUAUUAAGUAUUGAAAUCAAGCAUACAAUAAAUUGAAAAAAUACGAA